GAAAGUUCAACGUGAAUCUAGGAGUUUGAAACAUCAAACAGAUGAAAUGAGAGAAGUUGUUGUUGAUCUUCAGUCUCUUUAGGAGAUGUUUUAAUGAGUCAACGAGAUGACGCAACACAAGAGAACGAGGAAUCAUCGAGUCUUUUGUUGAGAAGUGACCUCCCAGAGCCACGCCCACUGAUGAAGACGAGCUGCUGCCACUUCUUGCUCCCGAGGUAUAAAGGUCAUGAGCUGAGGGAGGAACUCAGUCUGCUCCCGACACGACUGCAACAUGUGGAGCUUCAUCGUGGCGACCGCCCUGCUGACCGCUGGCCUCGGAGCGCAGCACUAUGACAACCGCCUGAGGGGCAUCCUGCACCGCGCCUGUCCGGAGCAGCAGGCCGUGUCUCAGAUCACCAGCUCCUACAGUGAGGAGGAACAGGACCGCCAGUGGAAGGUGGAGUGCAAGUCUUUGGGCAACGACUCCUCCUGCUCCUGGUCCGGUCCCCAGGAUGCCUACGAGGAAGAGCUCAGCUACAACUGCCCGGCCAAUCAUGUGGUGGCUGGCAUGUACAGCAGCUACGGCCAGGCAGAAGGAGGCAGGAGUUGGAAGUUCCUCUGCUGCUCGGCUGCCAACUUGAUCACAUUUGAAUGUCGUAAAACUCCGAUGGUCAACUACUGGAGCGAAGACUUCAACUGGCAACUUCCUGUGGGCCACUUCCUCACCGGAGUCCAGACCCACCACAAGAACCAUGACAACGGAGACCACCGCUGGAGUUUCAACUUCUGCAAAGGAGAAACACAAGAAACCCAAACAGUCAACUCACAGAUCCUCACAGCAAACGUCCCAGUAGAAGAAGGUUUAGAAGAAGGAGAUGUGUUAGUCUCCAACGCCAGGAACGCCAGAGUCUGUGAAGACUGCAGAUGGGACAAGGACCGUAAGACAGUGAAGGUUCCAUAUGUCGUGGAUGAUUCCUUCAGCGCGUCAGAGAAGCUGCAGAUUGGAAAUGCAAUCGAUGACUUCCACAUGAGCACCUGCAUCCGCUUUGUUCCUCGUACGGGCCAGAGCGACUUCAUCAGCAUCGUCAAACAAAACGGAUGCUGGUCGUGGGUUGGGAGGACAGGUAAUGCCCAACAGCUGUCUCUAGGUGUAGGAUGCCUUUAUAAGGGCAUCAUUCAGCACGAGCUCAUCCACGCACUGGGCUUCUGGCACGAGCAGAGCAGAAGUGACAGGGACACGUUCAUCACGAUCAACUUUGGAAACAUCCUGCCAGGAAAAGAAAGAAACUUUAAGCGAAUGGACACCAACAACCUCGACGUCCCCUACGACUAUACCUCUGUGAUGCAUUACGCACCCAGAGACUUCUCAAGUGGCUCAGGAGACACCAUCACCCCCCUCGACUCCUCCGCACAGAUCGGCCAGAGGCACGGCAUGUCCGAGAACGACAUCCUGAAGAUCAACAAGCUCUACGGCUGCACGGAUUACCUCCACAAGUUCACCGAGUGGGACAACAAGCUGGAAGACACUUUGAAGCGCACGUGUCCAAGCAGCCAAGCGGUGUCUGGCCUCACCAGUCUCUACAAUAACGUCAAAAAAGAUCGACUUUGGGCGUUUUCGUGCAAAGCUUUCAACGUAAAGAGAACAUGCAAGUGGUCGAGGCCUGUGAACCAAGUGUGGGCGUCAAUGAGCUUCAGAUGUGGAGCAAAUGAAGUGAUCGCAGGCGUCUACAGUGUCUACAGCAACCUCUUCCAGGACAGGAAGUGGAGCUUUAACUGCUGCAGCUCUCCUGGCUUCACCACCUCCAGCUGCCACACCGUGAGCCACAUCAACUACUACCAGGAGUACUUCAGCUGGACGGUGGCCAGCGACCACUUCCUGAGCGGCGUGGCGAGCUCCUUCGACCGCAGCAGCCGGGACCGGCGCUGGAGUCUGACGUACUGCCAGGGCCACAGCCAGUGAAGACGCCGGGGAGGAGCCGGGCCUGGACCAGAGCUGCACCCUGAAGCUGCUGCUGCACCCUGAAGCUGCUGCUCCACCCUGAAGCUGCUGCUGUCCCAGAACACCUGUGUUCCCAUCACUGGGGGCUGGUGUGACAUCAUCAUUAAGGGACCUGGACAUCUCCUCUUGUAGGCCGAGCUGCACACGCUGACAGUGUGAUGUCACUGGUACACUUUGAUACCUUCAACAUGUUUUAAUGUAAAUAUGUUUAAAUGUAGACUCUUUAUUUGUGGGUUUUAAUGCUGAUGACUGUAUUGUAAUUGAUGAACAUACAUAUCAGCAGAAAUAAAGUCAACAUGAAACAUAA